AUGGCUCUCGAAGACCGAUUCGAGGUUCUUAAGGAGAUUGGCGAUGGUAGUUUUGGCAGUGUCGUUCUCGCCCGGGUCCGUAGCGCAGGUGCUAGUGUGGCUCGUCGCGGUACGGUGGUUGCCAUCAAAACUAUGAAGAAGACUUUCGAGUCCCUCUCUCCGUGCUUAGAGCUUCGCGAGGUCGUCUUCCUCAAGACCCUUCCCAACCACGCUCACCUCGUCCCCGCCCUUGACAUCUUCCUCGACCCUUACAGCAAAAAGCUUCACAUUGCCAUGGAGUACAUGGAGGGCAACCUGUACCAACUGAUGAAGGCUCGCGACCACAAGUGCCUCGACAACGCCAGCGUCAAGAGCAUUCUUUUCCAAAUCAUGCAGGGUCUCGAACACAUCCACGCCCACCACUUCUUCCACCGCGACAUCAAGCCCGAAAACAUCCUCGUAUCUACAUCCUCUCACCAAGAUACUGUCGGUUCCUUCCGCAGAUAUUCCGCCCUCGUAACGCCCCCUUCUACUCCCCCGAACUACACCGUCAAGAUUGCCGACUUCGGUCUCGCCCGCGAAACCCACUCCAAGUUGCCCUACACGACGUACGUUUCGACGAGAUGGUACAGAGCACCCGAGGUGCUUCUGCGUGCUGGCGAGUACUCCGCGCCCGUCGACAUCUGGGCGGUAGGCGCGAUGGCAGUCGAGAUUGCCACUUUGAAGCCGCUUUUCCCGGGCGGCAACGAGGUCGACCAAGUUUGGAGAGUCUGCGAAAUCAUGGGAAGCCCCGGAAACUGGUACAACAAGGCAGGUGCCCGCGUUGGCGGCGGUGAAUGGAGAGAGGGCACCAGACUGGCCGGCAAACUCGGUUUCUCCUUCCCCAAGAUGGCUCCCCACGCCAUGGACACGAUUUUGCAAGCACCUCAAUGGCCCGCCGCGCUGAGCCACUUCGUUACCUGGUGCUUGAUGUGGGACCCCAAGACGCGCCCGACCUCGACGCAGGCCAUUGCCCACGAGUACUUCGUCGAUGCCGUCGAUCCCCUCAGACCCAAGUCUUCAGCCUCGAGAAUCCUCGGUCGCAAACAAUCAGACAUCAGCCGCGGCAAGGACUCGAACUCGUCCACCCCGACAUCAUCCAAGCCGUCAUGGUUCAGGAAGUCUCUCAUCGGUCGCUCGGAGAGCGCCGAAGUCGCCGUCGCUCAACCAGUCUCAAAGGACACGACGCCGAGGCCUUCUCCCGUUCCCUCGCACACGACCAACGAGGUGCCUGUGGCGAAGACACGCCCUGCCCAGUCCAAGCGUACGACCUGGACAAAUGGCCCUUCCAAUGUCGCCCCCAUGCCGAUACUCCCCACGAUCCGCCCCAUCUCGCCCCUGUCGGAUACCGUUACUGCCCAGGCAAGCAACGGCUACAACGACUCGUACGCCAACGGUAACAACCGUGCUGCUCAGAUGGAUGAGAAGAAGAAGAUUGGCAGGCAAUUAUCGGUCGCCUCGAGCACUAACCACUAUGCGGAAAUCCAUCGUCAGCAGGCAGAGCGGGCUCUGAACGGAAACGGCGGUCUCGCAUCUCCUCCCAGCGGUCACAAGGAGAGCUUUUUCUCCCACCUCAGGAAACGCGCCCGUCGCUUCUCUGGCCGCCACCAAGCACCAAUGUCCCCGAACUCGGACGACGUGGAGGCUCAGGCAGGCUGCGGUCCCUGGAACAGCAACCGGUCGUCAAUGGUGAUUGACAACGCUCCUACGCCCCCGCCGAAGCCCGCGGAAAUCUACGAGCCGCUCGACAAGGCACUGAGAGAAGUUCAACAGAACCGUGACAACGCUCCCGUCCCGCCCGCGCAUCUGAUUACCCCUAACAGCACGUUGAAGAGGCAUCACUCGCUGCCGCAACACCAGCCGCGUUCUGUCGACAACCUCAUGGGAGCUGGCCGUGGAACUGGGCCGAUUUCAAGUCGCACCCGCAGAUCCCAGGCAGUUCAGGGUGUUCAGCACUACGACGCACCCGAUGAGGAGGAUGAACUGCUCGACGAGGUUCUCAACUCUACCCACCGAGCCAUGAAGCGCCUCGAGAACCCUCCCAACGCAAAGCCUGGUCUGCGUCAACCGGUCAGCAAUGUGCCGAUGAUGAACCCUUACCCCACUCCGUCACCUUCAGCCAACGGCAACGGCGUCCUCUUCGGUGAGAACCAUGAGGCAGUCACUCCCAAGCCUUUGGAUCUCAAGAAGCCGAACGGCGCUGAAAGCCAGUACAAGUGGCCCACGCCACCGUAUGAGGAGAGCGAGUGGGCUGCGUCAGCAUCAGCAAGCAUAUGGGCUGCCAGCAAUCGGUUCUAG